UAAAUUUUCCAACACAUUUCACGCCGCGCGGGGUGAUGACUUGAUUAUUCGAAAAACCAAAAAGUAGAAUGAAUAAAGGAAUUUGUUGUUGGAUUUUUCCCAAAUAUUGAAUCCAAUAUUAGUGCUCUCCACAUAUACAUAUUUCCUGAAAAUUCUGAUUUUCAACGCCGGCCCCCUCCCCUACCCUUUAUAUAAACUAAACCAUCAAUCCAGCAAUAGAUUUCAAAUCUCGACAUGUCUCCGAUCAGCGCAGACGAUCUGCACAGAAUCUUCAAAAAGUUGGACAAGAAAAACAAGGGCGUAGUCGGCAUUGAGGAGCUGCAGCACCUCCUGGAGCAAAUCGGGAUCCAGACGAGGGCGGAGGAGCUGGAGAAGCUGGUGGGGGCCACCGCCGGCCUCAACUAUUUGGACUUCUUCUUCUUCUACGAGGCCAAUGUGAAAGCGGAGCAUGACGAUGAUCUACUCAAGGCCUUCGAGGUCUUCGACUUGAACGGCGACGGCCGCAUCUCCUGCGACGAGCUGCACAGCGUGCUCUCCAGAUUGGGCCUGCUGGAGAAGCGCAGCGCCGACGAUUGUAAGGAGAUGAUCAGCGUCUACGAUGCCAACUCCGACGGCGUUUUGGAUUUUCACGAGUUCAAGGAUAUGAUGUCUGCUCCCACUUCUCAUCAACAACACACAUAAUUUUUCUACAUAUAUACUUGUUUGAGAUUGUUAUUCAUGGAUUUAUUGAGAUUGGUUGUGUAUAUUCAUUGUUUAUUAUUAUUAUUAUUAUUUUCGCACUACA